AUGCCCGUCCAUCCCAACGCAACCACCGCUGUCUCAGCGCCCGGCAAGGUCCUCCUCACUGGAGGUUACUUGGUGCUCGACCGACACUACACCGGCACUGUAUUCGCUCUUGAUGCUCGCAUCCAUGCCGUGGUCCAGCAGCUCCAGCGCGACCGAAAGGGCUCCAAUCAGCCUGCUGACAGCAUCGAAGCUCCGCCAACCACAGACGAAGCGGUAGAGAGCCAGCCCGAGAGCGUUAUUGUUCGCUCACCACAAUUUAUAGAUGCCGUCUGGGAGUAUGGCGUACAAAGAUGUGAGCAGGGCGGGGGAGUUAAAGUCACACAGCGAAACAAAGGCCCGAGGAACCCCUUUGUCGAGACAUCCUUAAACUACGCUUUGACAUAUAUCAGCUAUGUAGCCGACUCGAAAGAUCUUGGUUCGCUAUCCGUUACGAUACUGGCAGACAACGACUACUAUUCAGACGCCAAUCAACCGGCGAACAUCAACCAACGAAACCGCGGCGCAUUCCGUGAUUUCGGUGUCAAACUACAGGAUGCUCAUAAAACAGGACUGGGUUCGUCAGCGGCUUUAGUCACGGCCUUGGUUUCGGCUCUGGUGAUGCAUCGUACUAUGCAUCCGGAUGAUCUACUUGCAGUUAGGGAUAAGUUACACAACCUGGCUCAAGCUGCGCACUGUGCUGCUCAAGGGAAGGUGGGCUCUGGAUUUGAUGUGGGAGCAGCUGUCUUUGGAUCGUGUUCCUACCGACGCUUUUCUCCUUCCAUUCUUGAAGGGUUAGGUGAUGCCGGGUCACCUGGCUUUGAGGAGAGAUUGUUUUCGACCGUGGAAGACCUGGAUUCUGCACACCCAUGGGACACUGAAUUCAUGGAUGUUGGUAUGAAACUGCCGCCUGGUAUGCAAAUGGUGCUUUGCGAUGUCGACUGUGGAUCACAGACCCCGUCAAUGGUCAGAAAGGUACUCGAAUGGCGUAAACAGAAUAAAGAAGAAGCCGAUCAGCUGUGGGACAGUCUACAGGCAAACAACGAAAAGCUGCGCCAGGAACUUCGACGCAACGCUGGAAAUCGAGCAGACCCAGAAACUGAGGCAGCUGUCGCUGCCGAGGUCUCUAAGAAUGCACGUAUACUGAUUCAACGAUCACGAAACCUUCUAAAAGCCAUGACAGAAAAAUCUGGCGUCCCUAUCGAACCACGUGUACAGACAGAGCUUCUCGAUGCUGUUUCAGCGGUAGACGGAGUAAUAGGAGGCGUUGUACCUGGUGCCGGAGGUUACGAUGCGGUUGUUCUUUUGAUUCGAGACGAUAUAGAAGUUAUUCAACGACUCAACCGAUUGUUUGAAUCUUAUUCAAGCCAAGUCGAAGACGACUUUGGAGGAAAGAUAGACAGGGUACGGAUGUUAGGCGUUCGACACGGAUCAGACGGUAUAAAAAACGAGCAUAACAACCUGGGCAAUUACCUGGCUUGGCUAUAA